AUGGUGGUACCAUUCGUUGGAUUUACUGAAGCCAUAAAGAGCGACAACUUUCCGAAAUGUGAUUUCAUCCCUUUUGAAUUCUACGAAGUGAGGCAUGCCAAGGCUAGUCUGAAGAAGUUGAUGAGAGCGUGCGUUCCGAGUACAACGUUGACUGAUCCUGAAGUCUCGUUUCACAAGUUAGUGGAAGAUGCAGAGUGGCUUCCGCAGAUUCAGAAUAUUAUGCAGUUGGCGGGUGCUGCUGUGGAUUUGAUGGACAUUCAAGGUUCCUCUGUGAUGAUUAGUAUGGAAGAUGGAGGUGAUUUUACCACACAGGUGAUCUCUUUGGUGCAGAUCUUACUUGAUCCCCAUUACAGGACGAUAGAAGGAUUUCAUGUGCUGGUUGAGAAAGAGUGGUUAGCAUUUGGUCAUCGAUUUACACAUCGUAGCAAUCACACGGUAGCUCAUCAAGGAAGUGGAUUUGCGCCAAUAUUUUUACAGUUUUUAGACGCCGUUCAUCAGGUUCACAGUCAGUUUCCACUCUCCUUUGAGUUCAACCAAUACUUCUUAAAAUUUAUUGCAUAUCAUUACACCUCUGCUAGAUUUCGCACUUUUAUCUUAGACUCAGAAUGUGAAAGAUUUGAACACGGAAUAAAUGAUAGGACCAAAUCAGUGAAGCUGGACGAGGGUUGUGUUGGUAAUAGCGGUACAAAACCAACUCAGAUCAAAUCGCUAUGGGAAUACAUUGACCGAAUCCAUUCAAAAUCUCCGCUGUUCUACAACUUCCAGUAUGCACCGGUCCGAGAUUCGGUGUUGAGACCUUACUCUAACAUUGCCAGUCUCCGGAUAUGGGAGUACUAUAUUAGCGAGGACUUGAGGACUGGAUCGACUUACGACAGGGAGGUUGUCAUCAAGGCGACAGAACCCAAUGAGGAGAAUGAAGAAGGACCACUUUUACCAUCAGACAGGAGAAUACUGAACGUCUGUUAUGACAACAUUCCUGAAGCUCAGCUGGACAUGUUCCAAUGGCUCUUGGAGGAAAUGAGCCACUUGGAAUCUGACCUGGGUCACCUCCCAAACAGGUGGAAGUUUGUGUGGGAUAAACUGGAGAGUCCUGCAGAAAUGCAGAACCGGAGAGCUUCCUUAGCUACGGAGCUCGUCAAACAGCACGGAGCGGCUAUACACAAGAAAUCGACUAUUGAAAUACUUACAAAGGCAAAAGAAGGUGGAAAAUCCCACACACAGCCACAUAAUUUUGAGCCUCAUAGUUAUGUCACCCCAACGUACUGUGAUUACUGCCAACGAAUACUAUGGGGCAUCGUCAAACAAGGAUAUAAAGGUAUGAAUUGCCGCGAAUGUGGCUACAACUGCCAUGACAAAUGCCAGCACCUUGUACCAAAGCAAUGCGGCAAGGUUAAAAUGAGUCGAGAGUCUUCUUUCAGGCAAUCACAAACAUCAAUGGAAGAGGUCAUCAGGGUGACACCGCAAAACACGCCAAUGUUAUCAGGAGGUCAGACAGGCACGGGCUAUUAUGACCAGUCCUGGCAUUCAGCUCGUGUAGCCGAAACUAGGACACAUGAAGGAUAUCUCUUCAAACGAGGUGCUCUGUUGAAGGGAUGGAAGCAGAGAUGGUUUGUACUGGAUUCUACAAAACACCAGCUGCGUUACUAUGAAUCCAAAGAAGACACACAUUGUAAAGGCUUCAUAGAUUUAUCAGAAAUUGAAUCAUUACAACCUGCCACGUCGUUACCUGGAGCACCCAAGAAAGCAGACAAUUCAGCAUUCUUUGAUCUUAAAACCAUCAGAAGAGUUUACAAUUUUCUAGCAGACUCCAAAGACGCUGCGGAUGAAUGGAUCAACAAGAUUCAAGAAUGCCUCUGAAUGUACGGCGCUAUUGCUUGCAAGGCCUUGAUAUCAACACAAAUUCAGUAUCACGGGGGAAUCUUCCAUUUUCAGGGUUAAUUCGCCACAACUUAUGUACAUAUUUAAUAUAACUAUUAAUUACAUAAAUUUUAUUAUGUGUAUCAUGUUUCCUGAAAAUGGAGGUGCAGCAAACCUUUGACCUCACACGUGAUGUUUGACCUUUGACGCCCUGACCCCCUACAGCUGGAAUCAUUAGAUUACUUUACUCUCCAGUGAAUUUGUUAUUUUAGACUGUUGAGCCUCCCCUGGGUAUCGUGGUUGGUACUCACAUACUGACAGAAAAGUCUUGUCAUCAGCCCUUGAUACACAUCAUACUUACCCCAUUCAUAUCUUUAGAUAUUAUCCUUAUACCAAUCAGGCUGCCUAGAUACAGGGAGGAUAUUUUAACCUACAAGAGCGAUAUUCCCAACUGUGGGGGGAAAUUGAACAACACUUGUUUUGCUUAUUUAUUGAUUUUUUUAACCACAUCAAGGGUUGGAUAAUCCAAAGGGCUGCAGUGCAUUCUGAUGAUGAUUACAUUUAGAUUACAACAUUAUACACAUGAACGUGGUUAUGAAAUGAACAAUGAUUUUAACUUUCCAAUUGUUUACACUACACACUCCAUGGUUUGAGUUUAAAUGCAUUUAUAUGCAAACAACGACGCUUAUUUACAUAUGAUGUUUCAAUAUAUGUAUCAUCUCCUGGUUGCCUGGGAUUAUCACAACACGAACUGUAUCACAACCGGCUUCACUUUCUCGACUUCUUAAACUUGAUCUAACUGUAGUAUGAACGCCACAAUUUCGUCUAUCACCAACCCAUCUCUACUGCGUAAGGUCAAAGACGUGUUGAUUAUCACGCGCACACAGGUACUAAUGAAGGCAACCAGCAUGGAUACAUGGUUCAUACUGUUAGUUUAUACAGUUUAUAUUUAUAAUCAGAUUACACAUCUUUGCGUUAUAGAAGUUUGUUACAUUGCAUUUGACAAUCACAUUAAUAUCACAUCACUGACAUUUACAUAAUAUUUGACGUAGUUCAAAGUUCAUCACGACAAGAUAAAGUGAAAUGCACCUUUGGAUUAUCUCGCCUUGACAUCAUAUCGUCAGGUAACAACGUCAGUCGGUUUUAACUACAUUAUGGAAACGUAGUGGUAUAUCAUUGGUGUCACACAUAAUGCCGAAAUUUCACACUCUUGCUUGCCGUUAUAUUUUACGAGAAUUUUAUUUUAAAAAAAAAUGCCUA